AACGUUACCAAGUCUAGCCACGGGGAGGCCUCCACUUUGUAGACUCACCCCCCAGACCCCAACGCUGAAAAAGAAAGAACAUUAGUUUCAAUAAUAUUACGAGUUACCAGCACAAAAGACGACACAAUGGGAGAGAUCACCACAUCAGAAAAAGCCAAAACCACAGGAAAGACCAAAACCAGAGAUACUAGCCUAUAUUACCAAAAACUCCAAGACGAAAGACGACACCACAGGAGAGUUCAACACAUCAGAAAAAAACCAAAGACCAAACCAUUAAUACUAGCAAAUAUCACACCGGUAUUUGGGGAUGAGACCUUCUUAGGGGACUACAAAAUCCCUAAUGUCACCUCUGGAGACCUUGUUUUACCUUUAAGUUUUUUUCACUUUUUGUGUUGUAUAUUGGCUGCCACCUUUCUGUUAAAGUUACCAGUAGAAUACAACGCAUGCUUGUUUCUUUGA